AUGGAGGCCACAUCGUCAACGACCAGCACAACAUCCGGCUUCUUAUCGCCGGUCAUAUCGAACCCGCUAUUCGACCGCGUGCGCAAUACGUACCGGACCUUCCACGAGAAGCGGGAGAGCUUGGGGCUGUCGAAUCCGGGGACCGUCGAGAAGAUCUCCAAGGAGGUCGAUCAGGAUGUCUUCCUCAACAACUUGGCCUUCACCGGCGUCCGGGCGGAGUUUAACAAGGUGAUCGGCGUGUCGCCGAUGUUCCAGUUAUCGCAUGCCUUUGCGAUGGGCGCCCAGGGGAUGCCGCCGUAUAGUUAUAACGCGAUGUACGGCUCAUCGAAGCACUUCCUCCAAGCCACCAUCGACUCGGACCUCGCCGUCAACGGCCGCUUCAACCGCCGCAUCACCAACGCCCUCGUCACCAAAUUCUCCGUCAACCUUCCCCAAGACUCCAUGCAGCAACCCAUGCUCCAAGCCGAAGCCGACUACAACGGCGCCGACUUCACCGCCGUCGUCAAGUCCAUGAACCCCUCCAUCUUCAACGGUGGCCUGACCGGCAUGGUCAUCGGCUCCUACCUGCAGAGCGUCACCCCCAAACUCGCCCUCGGCAUGGAGGGCAUGUGGCAGCGCCUCGACAUGCAGCACCCGCCGGACGUCAUGAUGAGCUACGUCGGGCGCUACAAGACGAGGGAGUGGAUCGCCUCCGCGCGCGUCCUGGGACAAGGCGCCGUGCAGGCGAGCUUUUGGAAGCGGCUGAGCGAGAAGGUGGAGGCGGGCGCGGAUCUGAACCUGAGUUUCGCGGGCAUGGGGAAUCCGCAGGCGGCGAUGAUGGGCGCGCCGGGCAAGGAGGGCGUGGCGACGUUCGGCGUCAAGUACGAUUUCCGCGCGAGCAGCUAUCGGGCGCAGAUCGAUAGCCAGGGCAAGAUGGGGUGCUUGUUGGAAAAGUCCAUCGCUCCGCCGGUGCGCGUGACGUUUUCCGGAGAGCUGGACCAGUGGAAGCAACAAGUGAAGGUUGGGUUGGCCGUGUCGAUCGAGUCCGCGGACCCGGAAUUAAUGGAACAGCAACAGUCGAUGACUGAGGGGCCGUCGAUUCCUUUUUAG